AUGUUUAAAGCUCUCUUUUGGAAUGCCAGAGGUGCAGGUAGUGAUAAUUUUCGAUCUGCUAUUGCAGACCUUGUCAAGUUACAUUCUAUUGAUGUUUUAGCUAUUUGUGAACCUAGAGUGCAAUUCUCAAAGGCCUGCACGACUCUUAAUAAUCUUGGGUUCAAUAACUCAAGGAUUGUUGAGGCUCUAGGUUUUUCUGGUGGCCUAUGGCUCCUGUGGAAUAAAAAUAAGACUCAGGUUGACUUCAUUGAUGACAACUUCCAACCCAUUUCUGUUAAAAUCACUAUUCCUGGCAGUCCUGCUUGGAUGCUUUCUGUGAUUUAUGCUAGUCCAACCCACACUUCAAGGGCUUCUUUGUGGCCUUAUUUUGAUAAUCUUGCUGCUAUCACCAACCUCCCAUGGAUGCUAAUUGGAGAUUUUAAUGAGCUGGUUUCUAGCUUAGAUAAGAACUGUGGCCCUUUUACUGGAAGAUUUGGUGGCUUAAGGAAUUGGAUUAACAGGAAUGCUUUGAUUGAUAUGGGUUUCAAGGGAUCCUGUUACACCUGGAGUAACAAUAGAGUGAAGGAAAGACUUGAUAGAGCAUUUUGCAGCUGCUCCUGGAGGUUUACUUUUCCGGAUGCUUUUAUCCAACAUCUUCCCAAAACAAGGUCUGAUCAUUGUCCUAUUCUCAUGCAGCUUUGUUCUAAUAACCCCAUUAAUAGAAGCUCUAGCCCGUUUAGAUUUCAAGCUAUGUGGUUUUCUCAUACAAAUUAUUCUGAGUUUGUUUCUAACAGUUGGAAUGGGUUACAUGGGGAGUUUCAUUCCAAAAUCAUGUGUCUCUCUUCUGCUAUCUCGAAAUGGAAUAGAGAGGUUUUUGGUCACCUGUUUCAGAAAAAAAGAAGAAUUUUGGCCAGAAUUGGGGGCAUCCAAAAGGCCUGUGACAAACAUGAGAAUCCUUUCUUACUCAGGCUUGAAGCUGAACUUAUCCAUGAUUAUGAGAAUAUCCUAAAUCAGCAGAAUCUCUUCUGGAAACAGAAAUCUAGAGAUAAGUGGCUGCAAGGAGGUGACAGGAAUACCAAAUUCUUUCAUUUGACUACUCUGCUUAGAAGGAGGAAAAACAAAAUUGAGGGCCUGUUUGACAGUAAUGGAACUUGGUUUACUGAUUCUGCCUCCAUGAAAAAUAUUGUUGUUGAUUUUUUCACUAAUCUGUUCUCCUCACAAUGUGAUGAAGGCUCUAGAUUCGUUAUUCCCUGGCUCUUCCCUGAUAUUGAUCAUGAAGAUCUCACUAAUAUUGGUAAACCUAUGUCCCUCAUGGAAGUCUGGUGUAAUUCCCCCUGGUUUAAAUCACACUAUUAUCUCCCUAGUUCCCAAGGUGGAUGGCCUCAGCACAUGGCCAAUUUUAGGCCAAUCAGUUUAUGCACCACAAUUUAUAAAGUUAUCUCCAAGAUCAUUGUGGCUCGGAUUAGGCCUUUGAUGCAGCAUCUUAUAAGCCCCAAUCAGGUCAACUAUGUUCCUGGAAGACACAUUUCAGAUAAUAUUAUGAUUGCUCAGGAAAUGCUUUUCAAAUUCAAAAAAUCCUAUGGUGCUUUAGGCUUUUUUGCUUGGAAAAUGGACCUAUCCAAAGCUUAUGAUAGACUCAGUUGGAAUUUCAUUGAGAUGGUUCUUUAUGAAACUCAAUUUCCUCAUGAUUUGGUUAAGCUUAUUAUGAGCUGCAUUACCUCUACCAGUUUCCAAAUUUGUUUUAAUGGUGAACUGACAAACUUGUUUAAAGCUCAAAGGGGUAUUAGGCAGGGUGACCCCCUCUCUCCUUAUAUCUUUGUCCUAUGUAUGGAAAAGCUUUCUCAUCUGAUUAAGUCCACUGUAGAUAUUGUAAGUUGGACACCUGUUAGAGCAUCUCAAUCUAGGCCUAAAGUUUCCCAUCUUUUCUUUGUUGAUGACCUUAUGCUUUUUGCUGAAGCCUCCCCUUCCCAAGGUCACACCAUUAAGUAUUAUCUGGAUGCCUUUUGCUCUCUCUCUGGCCAAACUGUUGGCUAUGAAAAAUCUCUCAUCUUUUGCUCUCCAAAUACUUGCAAAGGAUCUGCUUCUGAAAUUAGCAGAAUUUGUGGUUCUCCUUUGACAAAUGAUCUUGGAAAAUACUUGGGAAUGCCUCUUAUUCACACCAAAGUGAAGAAGCAUACCUAUGAUAGCUUAUUUGAUAAAGUUCAAAGUAGACUCUCUAGCUGGAAAUGCAAGGUGCUCAGUAUGGGAUUUCUUAUGGGGGACUCAAAUGAUAAGAAAAAGGUCCAUCUUGUGGGAUGGGACACUGUUUGUCAACCAAAGAAUCUUGGUGGUCUAGGAAUUAAGAAAACUGCAGACAUGAAUCAAGCCAUGCUAGCCAAGGCUAGUUGGAGAAUUUUUCAACAAGACUCCGGUUUAUGGGCCUCCAUUUACUCUGAGAAGUAUCUUAAAAAUUGUUACAUCACUGAUGAUAACUACCUAUCCCCUGCUGAUUGCUCUAGUACCUGGAGGAGCAUCUCUUAUGGAGCUGCUUUGAUGAGGAAAAACCUUAAAUGGAGAGUUGGAGAUGGCAAGAAAAUUAAAUUCUGGUAUGAUCACUGGCUUUUACCUAAUGCAUUAAUCAAUUUUGCUCUUCCUUCAACCACUAUCAAUAUGAAUGCCACCAUUUGUGAUUUCUGGGAUGAUACUGGUUGGGAUGCAUUACUCUUAGCUAUUGUGGUUCCUAGUGAUUUAGUGAACUUAAUUAUCAAUGUUCCAACUGGAUUUGAUGGUUGUAGGAACGAUGUGCUUAUAUGGAAUUCAACCUCUAAUGGAUGCUUUUCUAUCAAGUCUACUUAUAACUUUAUGUUGGAUACUAAUAGUCAUGGCAAUCCUCAUUGGCGGGCCAUCUGGAAGUUAAGUUGUCCCCCUAAAUUGAAAACUUUCAUGUGGAGUGUUUUCCACAAAAAGAUCCUCACAAAUGUACAAAGGGUUAGAAGAGGGCUCACUGCCAAUUCUGCUUGUCCCAUCUGCAAUACUGCUGAUGAAAGCAUCCUCCAUCUAUUUCGUGAUUGUCACAGACCUCCUAUGAACCACUUCAAACUGAACAUUGAUGGAACUAGAGUGUCCUCCUUUGGAAGAAUUGGUGCAGGAGGGGUCAUCAGGGACCACAAUAGUAAUUGGGUGGAUGGCUUUCAAAUUAAUCUUGGCAUUGGAGAAAUUUUGGAUGCUGAGGCUUGGGGUCUCUUUUUUGGAUUAAAGCUUGCCUUAAAACAUAACAUUGACAAUCUUGAGGUUGAAUCUGAUUCUGCUGUCCUUGUACAGCUUAUGCAAUCAUCAAACACUGGCCUUCAUCCCCUUGGCUCUUUGCUUGAUGGUUGUGCUAUAUUUAGGGCUGGGUUCGGUUUGGUACCGAUGCUUAUGGGCCGAUACCAUGUACCAUACCAACUUAUACUGGUAUGUAAAAAACUAUACCACUACCGGCCACAAAAUCCGGUAUACCAAGAAGUCGAUAUACCGAUUUAA